AUGUUAGUGACUGAGAAAGGCAAAAGGAUCGAUGAGCUGGAGGAGCAUGAUGAGCUGGAGGAGCACGACGGGCUGGAGGAGCACGAUGACCCGGAGGAACUGGAAGAAGCCGAGGAACAUUAUGGACCCGGUGAACUUGAGGAAGCCGAGGAACCCGAUUAUCCUGAAGGGGGAUGGACUGCAUGGAUGGUUGUAGCAGCAGCAUCAGUAUGCAUGGCGAUGUCGUUUGGUAUGACGAACAGUUUCAGCGUCUACUUAACAUACUAUGAGCAUCGAUAUUUGGAGGUAAGUAGCAGUAGCCUCUCUAUGAUCGGGUCUAUUCAGGCCGGUUUCACGUUUAUAUUUGGUAUUCCGUCGACGAUGUGUAUGUAUUACGUAGGACCACAGCUAAUGGUGGCCAUUGGAGGGUUACUAUGUGCACUAAGCUUCUUCUUCUUGUCACUAACCAAUGAUCCAUGGCAGUUGUAUGUGAUCCAAGGAGUGAUGUUUGGAAUUGGCUCGGGCACAAUGUACAUCCAUUCGUCGGGAGUUCUUUUUCAGUACUUUUAUAAAAGGAAGGCAUUAGUCCAGGGUAUUAUUACUGCUGGGGCAUCUAUAGCUGGAGUUUACUGGCCGAUAGCUGCUAGAGAAUUAAUCAAGCGUAUAGGAUUCCCUUGGGCCAACCGAAUCAUAGGCUUCAUAUAUUUACCGAUGACGGUGUUUGCGACGAUCUUCUUGAAGCCACGGCAUCCUCCUCCAAAAAGACGGCCAGGCCAGAACAUAUUGCGGUUGAACUUCAGGGUCCUUAAAGAUCGAAGGAUGUUGGUGCUUUGUUUUAUCUGGUUCUCUUUUGUCUUGUCACUUUUUCCCGGGUUGUUCUAUUUGGAUUUGUUCUGCAAUAGAGCCAAUGUGGCCAACCCGAUUCAGGAGUACAAUAUCCCCAUAGUUAAUGCUAUUACUGGCUUUUCCAGAGUGAUUACAGGCUAUAUUGGCGACUCCGUGGGCAUAAUGAACAUGGACAUCGGCUUUAUUUUGCUUUCAGGAAUCCUACCGUUGGCCCUAUGGAUACCAGCCAGAUCCACGGGUGCAGUUCUUGCAUAUAUCAUCACUUGGGCAAUCGCUACCGGUGGUCCGGUGUCACUUUCUCCAGCUAUGGUGGGACAAGUAUUUGAGGCAGAUGAUGUUCAAUCAUGUCUUUCCUUCUUCUUUGCAAGUGGUGGUGUUGCAGCUCUAAUAGGUUCUGCUAUCUGUGGUACGUUUAUACCGAAGGGUAAUGCCACGGGAGUGGAAGGGUUUGAUAAGUUGGCUAUAUUUGUGGGAGUGAUGGCAUUUGCUUCUGCGGGGGGAGUGAUGGUGCUUAGGUGGAUGACAUCGAGGAAACUUUGGGUGAUCUUAUGA